UGAACCACGUGAUCUGGAUAGGCGCUGAGUCGUCCGGCUCUCAGUCUUAGGACAGACGACAAUCGAGGCUGGAACUUAUUGUUAGCGAUGUGGUGGUUGUGGAUUAUAAUUCAGCUAGUUGCAUUUACAGGCGAGACAGACGGACAGCAGUGGGACCAGACGACUCUGGACGACUUCAGCCAGAACCUGGUGCUCCGCCACAAUGUGCUGGACAACACCCGAGAGUUCGGCACGUUCCGGGCGGAGAUCGUUCUGGAGAACAAAGCCACCAGGACGCUCUCCAAAGACGGAAACUGGAGCCUGCACUUCGACUCCAUCUACAUGAUAGAACCGAAAACCAUGCACGCGGACGCCUUGCCCAAUCCCGACGGAGCCGUCAUAGAGGGUCAAGGGGUCAAAGUUCACCACGUGGCAGGGACCCACUUUUGGCUGGAGCCGACGGACGACUUCUACGACCUUCCUCCCGGAAAGGAGCGACGGAUACAAUACACGGGAGCCAACUGGAUGGUCGCUAAGACGGACACCAUGCCGAACUGGUACCUGGCCGUCCCGAGUCUCACGGCCAAGGCGAUCGCAUCGACAGCUGACGGAAGUCUGGAGUUUGUGAGCGACUACAGGUCAGCGAAGCAGUGGAAGAGAUACACCACGGAUCAGUAUAAUCCAUAUACUGCUCAGGACAGGUUUGACCGGAAUUAUGUCGCAGACAACCCGGAUGUGGAUAACAUGCGAAUUGUUCCAUCCCCGUACUCGAUGGAGGUACACAAGGACAGUAACGUGACGGUCGAUGCGCGCUGGAAAGUGUACGCACUGCCAGAGGCAAAGGAUGCUGGCGACUUUCUAAGAGAAACAACAGGCAUGGGUCCAGGAGGUGCCGACGUCGACAGCAACGUUAUAAAACUGAUGACGGGCACUGUUCCUCUACCUGGGCCCGAAGUGAGCUCGACGGGUCCCGAAGCUUACUCCCUGUCCGUGGACCCCACGAACAGCAUCAUCCUUAUCACGGGCGAGGGUCCCUCGGGGGUCUUCUACGGUGUCCAGACUCUCCUCGGCCUGAUGGCUCAGAAUGGAGGAGUUGUCUACAGAACGAAAGUUUCCGACGCGCCCCGCUUUGAGUACAGAGGGAUGCACCUGGACGUGGCGAGGAAUUUCCACCCCAAGGAGGACGUGCUGCGACUGCUCGACGUCAUGGCUAUGUACAAGAUGAACAAACUGCAUAUGCAUCUCACAGACGAUGAAGCCUGGAGGCUGGAAAUACCUGGCUUACCAGAACUUACUAACAUAGGUUCGAAGAGAUGUACGGACCCAACAGAAAAAAUGUGUCUCACCACGCAACUUGGAUCGGGACCUUCCGAAACCACAUCCGGGUCAGGUCACUACACCGUCGCCGAUUACAAAGAGAUACUGACGUACGCCAACCGCAGGCACGUCCAGGUGAUUCCGGAAGUCGACUCUCCGGGGCAUGCGCGGGCCGCCAUCAAGGCCAUGGAGGCUCGGCGGACGGUUCUGAAGGAGGCGGGGAACCUGCAACAGGCGGAGGAGUACCUCCUGAUGGAGGAGGGCGAUCCGUCGCGCUACAUGUCCGUACAGAUGUUCGUCGACAACGCCAUCAACCCGUGCCUCGACUCGGCGUUCGUCUUCAUCGACCACGUCGUGCAGCAGAUCAAGCUGAUGCACCAGGACGUCCAGCCGCUGAGGACGUUCCACUUCGGCGGCGACGAGGUGGCGCGCGGCGCCUGGGAGAACUCCACCAAGUGUCGUCUGCUGCAGAACGCGCCCAACGUGAAGACGUCUGCAGUGAAGGAGCUGUUCUUCAAACGGGUGGCCAACAUCACGAACAACUACGGCUUGAACCUCGCAGCCUGGGAAGACGGACUCAUGAAGGACAGCAGGACACCUUACUCUCUGGCGGGAGUUACCAAUAACAACGUGUACGCGCAUGCGUGGGAUAAUGUCUGGGAGUGGGGAGCUGGUGGCCGGGCCUAUACGUUAGCCAACAAUGGCUACAAGGUUGUCAUGUCUCAAGCGACCCACCUCUACUUCGACCACCCCUACGAACCGGACCCCGUGGAGCGCGGCUUCUACUGGGCCCCGCGGUACACAGACACCCAGAAGACAUUCGGCUUCAUGCCCAAGAACCUGUACGGCAACAUCGACGUGCGGCGGUCGGGAGUUCCCCUGAAGAAAGAGGAGGUUUGUCUAGCUGACGGGAGUGGCUGUCCACCCUUGACCGUGCCAGGAAACCUUGUUGGAAUGCAGGGACAUCUGUGGAGUGAGACCGUCCGAACGUCCGAAGAACUGGACUACAUGAUAUAUCCCAGAAUCAUCGCUCUGGCAGAGAGGGCGUGGCACGAGGCACCAUGGGAAUCAAAGAGCGACAAAGAAUCACGUGACUCAGCCAUGCGAUCUGAUUGGGAGGGUUUUGCAAAGGCUCUCGGGAAGCGAGAAUUUCGAAGACUCGAUAGAUUGGGAGUGAAAUACCGCGUUCCACCGCCAGGGGCUAAAAUGGUUGGUGACGUCAUGAAGACAACAUCUGGGUAUCCCGGUCUUAGCGUACAGUACAGCACGGACAACGGAAAGACGUGGAACCUGGCAACCGAUGAAGUUACUGUUGCCAUGGAUACACCCGUCCUGUUAAGGACAAGAUCAGCUGAUCUAAAGAGGUUUAGCAGAAUUGUGAUUUUUAAUCCAGUUGCUCCUGCACCUGUAUCCGACCAAUCGGUCGUCGACUACAUAGCGAAGAACCUCCAGGUGAGCUAUGCUGUCCUCGACAACCUCGUAGACGGAUCCUCCAAGUUCCUGGCUCAGAUCACCCUCAAGAACAUCGGCACGACGCCCGUGCAGUACGGCAACUGGGCCAUCUGGUUCUGCAGCGUCUACCACGUCGUCGACUCGUUCCCCGGAGGAAAGGUCCUGGACGAGUCCAAGGUCAAGUUCGUCCACGAGAACGGCUGUCUGCACCGGCUGGAACCGGUUGCGGGUUUCCAGACCCUUCGUCCGGACGAGAGGAGGAUCAUCAAGUUCAAGGUCACGAACUGGUCCGUGUCGCGGUCCGACACGAUGCCCAACUGGUACGUCUCGUCUGACGGGAUGAAGAGCGUCACGAUCGCCAGCACGGCGGGCCAGAGUCUGAGCUUCGUGGGUAAGUUCGACACCGUUAACAAGUGGAAGAGGUACGACGCAGACAAGUACGACCCUUAUACGCCUGAUGGACGUUUCGCGCGUCACGCCGACGCUAAGGAUCUUGGGAAGGCGCCGCUUCCCGUGAUACCGACUCCUCUGGAGUGGAGCAUCACCAAGGAAGACGGCGUGGAUCUCAGGGACAUGGGCUGGAAGAUUGUGUCAGCAAAUGGGUACCAGAAGGAGGCGGAGUUUCUGAAGAAAUCUAUAACAUCACUUGGAUACACAUCACCUGAAAUCACGACCAGAAAGCCUGCCUCUAAAUACAUAGAGUUGAAAGAGAUUGACCCUAACGUCGAAAUGGACGGUGAGAAAUCCACCUCCCCCGAAGCCUACUCAGUCAUCGUAUCAGCAGAACCAUCAUCAAUUGUCAUCAUGUCCCUGUCCAAACCGGGAACUUUCUACGGCGUCCAGACAGUGAUUGGGUUGGCUCUGCGGAACUCGGGCAAGGUUCCAGAGAUCAGGGUGAAAGACUGCCCGAGGUUUGGGUUCCGCGGGAUGCACAUGGACAUAGCUAGGAACUUCCAAUCGAAGGAGGCUGUGAUGAAGCAUCUCGACGUGAUGGCCAUGUACAAGUUGAACAAGUUCCACUUCCACCUCUCUGAUGACGAGGGAUGGAGGCUGGAGAUUCCUGGACUUCCUGAAUUAACACAGGUUGGUGGGAAACGAUGCGAUGACGUCACCGAAAGCACGUGUGUACUAUCAGCUCUCGGAUCAGGCCCUAACUCCGACAACUCCGGGUCCGGAUUCUUUACAGUCAAAGAUUACCAGGAGAUCCUCGAAUAUGCAGCCGAGCGCCACAUUGAAGUGAUACCAGAAAUAGACUCGCCUGGACAUGCGCACGCCGCCAUUAAAUCAAUGGAGGCGAGAAAGAAGACGCUGGACGACAAGGGAGAUUACUCAAGUGCCGACGCAAAUAUGUUAAUUGAUCCCGAUGACCAUUCUGUUUAUGAAUCGGUCCAGAUGUACCGCGACAACGCCAUAAACCCGUGCAUCAAAUCGACGUACGACUUCAUCGACCACGUCAUGACGGAGAUACUCAAGAUGCAUGGAACUAUAAACCCUCUAAGGAUUUUCCAUUUCGGCGGUGACGAGGUGGCGAAGGGCGCAUGGCUCAAUUCGACGUUCUGUCAGACCGUGAUGACGUCUGUGUCGAGCCUGAAGGAAUAUUUCACAGGGAAGGUGGCCCGUUUAGCAGCAGACAAAGGUCUGAACCUGGGGGGCUGGGAAGACGGUUUGCUGGCCACAGGAGGCACGCCCUUCAACCGGACCGAACUGCCCAACAGCGAGGUGUACGGAUACGCCUGGGACAACGUGUGGGAGUGGGGAGCUGCCGACCGCGCCUACAAGCUGGCAAACGCUGGCUACAAGGUUGUGUUGUCUCAGGCCACGCAUUUGUAUUUCGACCAGCCGUACGAACCAGAUCCUGAGGAAAGAGGCUUCUACUGGGCAACAAGGUACACCGAUACGGAAAAGGUUCACGGGUUCAAGCCAGAUGACAUCUAUUCCAAUGUGGACACCACGAGAUCAGGAGACCCAAUGACUAGGACAGAACUCUGUGGGCAAAAUGACGAGAAAUGCACAAUAUUGAAGAAACCAGGAAAUAUUGUAGGUAUGCAAGGCCAACUGUGGAGUGAGACCGUCAGAACUAAGGAACAAUUGGACUACAUGAUAUAUCCGAGACUUGUGGCCCUGGCCGAGCGGGCGUGGCGCAAGGCACCAUGGGAAUCCAUCAGUGACGUGAACGAACAGCGCGCCAAGAGACUGGACGAUUGGAGAGACUUUGCCAACACAUUAGGAUACCAGGAGUUAUCUGCUCUUGAUAGAAAACGCAUGAUGUACAGACUUCCGCCUCCCGGUGCUAGGUUGAAAGGGAACAAGUUGCUGGUGAACUCGAGAUUUCCAGGACUUCAAAUCGAGGCUAGUUUUAACAACGGUCAGUCUUGGCUAAUUGUGGGGAAGGCUGGAAUCGCCGUGGAUAACGAACAGACAGUGAUGUUAGUCACGAAAUCACCUGACAACAAACGACGAAGCCGAGCUGUUACAGUUCACGUAUCUGGUAUCCAGAGUGCUAUAGACAGCGCGACAACACACUCGGGCUCCGUUUUACUCUUCUUGUGUAUCAUGUUUCGUCAUGUGUUCUUAUGAAUGUCUCAGGUGAUGAAAACAAUAAAAUAAAUGAAAUAAAUGAAUUAAACAAAACAAAAAGUGAGGCGCCCAACAAAACUUCCACCAGUGACGAUAAUCAAAUACUCGUAUAUAAUAAUAAAAAAAAAUUCGGGGGGAUGGAGGUGGAUGGUGUGUGUGUCUAAAACCCAGUUGUAUACGUUUGUUUUGUUUGUUUUUUGUAGUUGUUUUUUUAUGGAGGUUUUGGAUGGGUUAUUUUUACAAACGUCUCAUAUUUUUACUAGUUACAAACAACAAUAUUAAGUUGAUUAUUACUUUGAUUGCUAAGUCCCUCUCUCUAUUUUCAUGUAUUAACAACAAAUGAUUUUAAUAAUUAAAACAAACAAAAAAACAUUUACGGAUCUUUAAAAAUUAAUAUAAAGUACUGAAACGUUUUCCCGGAAUCUUUGACUUCACGAAGUAUUUCGAUAAUUGUAUUAUUAAAUGAAAAUAAUAAUAUGUCUGUUAUAAAGGGUCACUUGUAUAACCAAAACGUUAGACUGUGUGGUGGCUUAAGGGUGGAUAACUAUGAUGAUAUUGAUUAAUCUGUUACUUCCAUUGAUUAGAGUUAUGUUCCCAUUUGGUUUCCAAAAUCCAGAAAUAUAUCCGCAGAACUAAUCUUCUGUUUGAUUGUGAUUGUUUUACUAUUAGACUGCAGUCGACAGGGAAGAGUAGUCUAUGUAGUUUGAAAACAUGUAUAACUUGUUAACAGUGAAGACUUACUUGUAGAAAUUCCAGCUCAUGCAAAUAUAGUGCUUGUAGUGUAAAAUGGUUGUACUCCGGCCAGGUUUAAUAAGUGUAUUUGUUUAAAAUGAAAUCCUGGGAGAAAGAGAUGGGACCUAUUUCACAAAAACAUCGUAAGUUGACGUCUGCGACUAGCAAUUAUAGCAGGCAUUCAUUUACACGUGUUUGACAUCUAUUUCACGAAGAAAUUUACAUCAUUACAGAAGAUGGAGCACGUGAAGGACAAAAGAAAAUGAAAUACGUGUACUU